AUUUAAGCUAGGUUGGUCUAACCGGUUAUGCCUUUUCACCUUUCUUAUUAUAAUUUACGAUAAAAAUAAAACAAAAAAAAAUCAGAAUAAUUUUUAAUUCGUCGAGGUUGAUUUACGUCACCCACUUUCAUGGCCGCACCUGCAAACUUCUCUUCUCAAUGUUCCGAUUAUACCCAAACUGCUCUCUACCUUCUCUCCUCUUCCUUCCCCGCCUUCCUCCUUCUCGCUCCUUCCGUUGCCGCGCCACCGCCGAUAUCCCUCUAGGCGACGGAGUCCGGAUACCGCGUGAACAGGAUUCCUCCUCUGACACGGCGAGGUCUCGAGAUGUCUCCGCCGCGGCCGGAGGGAACGGUGAAUCGGGUAAGUGGAGGAAAAGGAGGCUGCUGUGGUCGAAAAGCGGAGUGAGUUACUUGGUAGGAGACGACGACGCGCUUCCUCUGCCUAUGACUUAUCCGAAUACAUCCCCUGUGUCGCCCGAUGAGAUUGACCGGAGGUUGCAGUGCGAUCCUGUUGUCGAGGAUUGCAAGGAAGUGGUUUAUGAGUGGACUGGCAAGUGUAGAAGUUGCCAAGGAUCUGGAUCUGUCAGCUAUUACAAGAAAAGGGGUAAAGAGGUUAUCUGCAAAUGCAUACCUUGCCAAGGGAUAGGAUAUGUGCAGAAGAUAACAUCUCGAACGGACAUUGAUGUGAUGGAAGAUUUGGAUAAUGAAGCAUCUUGACCCUUGGGUUUGCUCAAACCAGUGCACAACUAUUAAUAUGAGUGCAUGUGCGCUUGAGUUCGUUGUUGAAGUUGCUUCUUUGGGAUGUUUGGCCCAAACAAGCUGAUUGGAGGUAUAGACAGACAGAGACUACUGAUUCUUGUUCGGAUAAUGGCUUCUUCUUUUUAUCAAUACUACCCAAAUAGGAAACUACUGUUCUAUAUGUAUCAGGUCUUGAGCAACCAUAAACUCUAGGAACUCUUCUUUGUGUUUAGGUUGUUUCAGUUUUCCACAGAGAGAAUAUAAAGCGGUAAAAUACAAUCU